AUGAGAGAGAUUAAGACAUUUGAGCUCAAGCAUCCAUAUAUUGUGGAAUUUAUAGAUUCUUUUAUAGACAAGAAUAAUUUUGUGAGUAUUUUUGAGCUUGCCAGUUUAAGUCUUGAUAAGAUCAUAGCAAGUUAUAUUGAGCAUCUACACAGUAAGAGGACUAUUCACAGAGACAUAAGUGCUGUUAACAUUCUAUAUUUUAUGGAAUAAGAAGUGUUUAAACUAGCUGAUUUCGGAGUUGCUACUUUUGGAACAACUUACAAUAAUGCAGGAAAACAAGAUUACAUGGCUCCAGAGGUUAUAUAAGUUUAAACAAGAGGUUAUAACGAGAAGGUUGAUAUUUGGUCCAUGGGUGUUGUCCUUCCUACCUAUCGACCAACUGCCACAGAAGCUUUGAAAUUAUUCUUAGAGGAAUUAAACGACUUAAGCAUUUAUUAAUUGUAUUCAGAAAAAAAGCUAGAGCUUUAAAAAGAAAAGUUAUUAUCGAAAAUUGAAAAUGGAAUACUAGAAUUUAAAGCAUCGGUGGAUUAACUAUCUCUGCAAAGAGAGUUAAAGACUAAAUCUAAUAAACUUUAUAAUAAACCUUGGAAACCAUUUAAAGUAGUUCCCAAUUAAGAAAUAGCUAAAUUGACAGCAGUAUAUGGCUACGAAGAAAAAAUACUAGUCGGCAGAGAAUUAGGUAACAUAGCUGUCUUUGAUCAGAAUUUCUAAUUGAAAAAAUCAAUUGAUAACAAAGAUCUAAUUAGAGGAAUCAAUGAAAGAGCUGGGACAGAUAACCAACCAUGCUUGCUUUUCAAUUGUAGAAACAUUUAUAAUUCUAAUAGUUAAUGCAUUCUUGCUGGCUGCGGAAGAUACCUUAAAAUUUUAUGCAAGAAAAAUGAUUUCACUAAUAUUAAGACUAUUGACUUUGAAAAAGAGAUAAAGACAAUUAUUCUUCAUGAUUUCCAGAUAUUUAGAAAUGCUCUCAUAGGAUUGUCUGAUAACAGCCUAUUCUUCCUAAAAGAUACUGAAAAAUUUUAAAGCCUUGAAAUAUCAUUUGGCUUUAAACUGCCAGACAAUGAAGCCAAGAUCAAUCAUGCUUGUACAUUGCGUAAUUUUGAAAAAAAUUGGGUAUUUGUAGCUACUAAUAAAGGUAUUUACUAUUUUCUAGGGGACGAAGGAAGGGUUUAAGAUGGGAAAUUAAAAGUGCAAAUAGAUAAAAUAAACUAACUAGGAGAUUACUUCUUUUAUUCUGUUGAAACUAUGCUUAACUAUAAUAUCGCAGUUUCAAAGCAUGGCUUGAUACAGAUUUACAAUUUCUAAGAAAAAGUGAUUCUAAAAGAGAUUGAUACAAAUGGUGAAUGGUCAAUACUUUAGAAUAUGGUUACAUUUACUCUAAUAAAAACAUAGUCAAAGCUAUUGCUUUUGCAUUUUUAAACCUUUAAAACAAUUGAGCUAGCAAAAUCAAUUCAUAUAGGUGAUAUGCCUUCUUAGUCAUUAAUGAGUAUUGCAUAGGGAAAUAUACGUUAGCCUAUAAGAAUCAUUGACAUAUAACUCAAGAGAGAUAAAAUUGAUAAAAAUCGACAUAUUUCAAGUAUCAGAGAAUUGAAUUUCAGUGUUGAAAAGAUGGAAGAAAUACUUACUGUAUGCAAAAUACUGGCAGAGCUGAAUUAGUGGAAAGUAAGGAGAAUGAAAGUAAUUCAAAUUUGGAAUUUGAGUAGCUUAAGUUACUAUAAUCACAUUUCCUAUCUAAUGAAAUUGUAAGAUAAACAUAUGGCAGUUGGAUUUAUGAAAUUAUGA